UAUUGCUCCUACCUGAGAGAGACCGAUGCGCCUCUCGCUCGCUCACCACUUCACUAGCUAAUGAAUGAUCACGCAAUGGCGAAUCGCGAGCACAAGGUAGACCACCUCGACCAGCGCUUCCACGGCCCGCCCGUGCCCGUUCUCCCUCCUGUCGAGCAGCCCGGCGCAGCGAGCCGACGCGUCGCCGACCCGUACGCGCUCUGCUGCAGGGCGUUCCGCGUGCUUACCAUCGUGGCCAUCGCCGUCGGCGUGGUGGCGCUGGUGCUCUGGCUCGUGUCCCUGCCCAGCGCCCUCAAGGCCUACGUCGACGCGGCUGAGCUUACCCGCUUCGACCUCGGCAACGACGGGAAGCAGGACCAGCUGCGGUACAACCUCACCGUGGCCGUCAGCAUCCGCAACCCGAACCGGGACCAGGCCGUCCUGUACCGGCGGCUGGAGGCGGUGGCGCUCUACGGCGGCGAGAGGUUCGGGUACGUGGACUUCCCGCGGAUGCGGCAGGGGCGCAAGAGCACGAUGGUGAUCCGCCCGAGCUUCCGCGGCCAGGGCGUCCUCACCGGCGCGUCGGCGGCGACGGCGUUCAGGAGGGACAAGGAGCGAGGGUUCUUCAACAUCAUCGUGAAGCUCCACACGAGGGUGCGGCUGAAGGCGAUGAUCUUCGUGGACAGCGUCGAGUACAGGCCGGACAUGGACUGCUACAUCAGGGUGCCCGACCCGAGCAACGCGACGGCGGUGGCGCUGGGGUUCACGGCGACGCGGUGCCAUGUGGACGGCUUCUUGUGAUGAACCGGACCCUGCAGGCUGCAGCAUUGCAU